AUGCCAACCCAGCUAGAGGAAUUAGUGUCAUUUUUACACUCUCCACAGCCUGCAGUUAAACAAAUUGCACUGGAUAAUUUGGUUGGUUUUAGCCAAGGACCCACUGCAUUGGUAUUCAAAUAUGAUAACUGUAGAGCCAUUGAAGAUUUAAAGGAUCUAGCAAAAGAAAAUUCCAAGAUUUUAGUUCAGCAAUCUGUGACCAUUUUAGCAAAUCUAUGUGAUGAUGAUCUGCUGAGAAGAAGAAUUUCAAACGACGUGAACUUUUUAGAAUAUUUGAGUUGGAAAAUUUGUGAUUUUGGUAAUACUAGCGCCGAUAUUAUGUGUAUCUUAUUGAGUAAUUUGGCUAAGGAAAAUACCAUUAACAAAAUUUUCACAUUUACCAGAAGUGAGAGAAAUGAGGAUCAGGAAAAAUUACCACCAUUGGAUCGUUCUAUCUUUAAGAGUAACAGAGUCAUCGAUUGUUUAAUGGAUUGUUUUGUCAAAGGUUAUGAUAGAAAGUUGAAUAAAUAUUCUACAUUUGACUAUUUGUCAUAUUUUUUUGCUGAUAUUUCAAGAUUUAAAGCUGGUAGACAAUAUUUUAUCGAUACUCAAGAAUACGAUGGUGUUACACCAAUCUCUAAACUGUUGGUUUUCACUGAAAAAUAUGAUUCUAAGAUAAGAAGAGAAGGUGUUGCCUCUACGAUUAAAAACUCGUUGUUCGAUUCAGAGACUCAUCAAAGAUUAUUGGAGGAUGAGAGUAUCAAUUUACUGCCGUACAUUUUAUUACCAAUUGCUAGUGCAAAGGAUUCUGAAAUUGAUGAGGAAGAUAUGUUUAACCUACCAGAAGAAUUACAAUUAUUACCAGAGGAUAAGACAAGAGAUCCUAUUCCUUCCAUUAUCUGUGUUCAUUUGGAAAGUAUUCUUUUACUCUGUACAACCAAGACCGGCAGAGAGUUUUUAAGAAGUAAAUCUGUUUACCCAUUGGUUAGAGAACUGCACAAAAAUGUAGAGGAUGACGAUAUUGGUGAAUUAUGUUAUAGAAUCGUUAACGUUCUAAUGAGAGGUGAACCUGAAUCUAACCAGUUGGAAGAAUUGCCCGCCAGAUCAGCUGAAGACCAAAAGAAUGCAGAGGACUCUGAUGAUGAUGAUGAUGAAAUUGUAGAGGUGGCGUAA